AUGUUGAAGAAGAUGAGUAGGAGGUUUGAUGUUAGUAAUGAUCAAGCCAAGGAAUUGAGAGGUUGUUUGGCUAAUAUCGAGCAAAAGGUGGAUGCACAUGCGGUAUCGAUUAAACAUCUUGAGUUACAAAUGGACCAAUUGUCUACUACUAUGAACCCACGACAAACAGACACUCUUCCUAGAAAUACCAUUCAAAAUCCUAAAAAUUAUGGACAUUGCAUGGAAGUCACUACUCAAGGAGGUAAGCAAACCAUUGAUCCACCUAUGCCGUAUGUGGUAGAAAAUGAGAUGAGAAAAGAUGAAGAGGUAGUGGAAACUAGUGGUGAAUUGGUGGACAAAGUGGUGAAAGAAGCAGAGAUACCCCAAAAAGUGAUCCCCAUUACUAGCCCACCACCGACAUUCCCUCAAAGAUUGGUCAAGAAGACUAAGGAUGGAUAUGGUUACAAAGAAGAGAUCGUAAGUUUUGAGGAUGAUGACCGAAUGCAGCAUUGUACUGUUAUUUCUACAAGGUCUCUUGUGCAGAAGAAGAAAGAUUUGGGCGCUUUCACUAUUUCAUGUGCCAUCGGCUUAUUACACUUUGCUAAAGCACUAUGUGAUCUAGGUGCAUGCAUAAAUCUCAUGCCUCUCUCCAUUUAUCAGAAAUUUGGUUUGAGUAACUCAAAGACCACUACAAUGCGGUUAUUGAUGGUCAAUCAAACAGUGAAGAGGCCUAUUCGGAUACUCAAUGAUGUACUCAUAAAUGAGGAGUCAUUUAUAUUGCCGACCGAUUUCGUGAUUCUUGAUUGUGAGGUGGACUUUGAGGUGAAUACUAUUCUUGGGAGGUCCAAGAAGCAGAGUGGUGAAUUCCAAACAGUACAUGUUAUAUCCUACAGGGUUGAGAGUAGAUCUGAGAUAUACAUUGAAGAGCAUCUUGGUGUUAAAGCACUAGCCACAAUGAUCAUGAAUUUUGAAAGUUAUGGUACUGAAGAGUAUGGGUCUUUGGUUGCGGCACUUGAACAAGGCGAAUAUCGGUCCAAACCAAAGAAAUUGGAGUUAGAUAUGAAGCAUCGCGAGUCUCCAUCCGCGAGACCAUAUAUUGAGGAGGUCUUUAAAUUAGAGCUUAAGCCUCUACCACCUCAUCUGAGAUUGGAGGAUGAAGCUAUGCGAGAUUUGGAUGAAAAGGGUGAAAUUGAUGAUACCAUCCCUGACGAGCAGUAUUGGUUGCUUCCUCAAGACAUAAUUCCAUGGUUUGCCGAUUUUGUGAAUUAUGUAGCUAGUGAUAUAGUCCCAUCGAACUUGUCCUUCCAUCAGAGAAAGAAGUUCAUGAAUGAUGUAAAAAAGUUCUUUUGGGAUGAGCCUUACUAA